AUGCCUCUGCGCGGGCCCGUGCCGGUGAAGCUCUACAAAAAGGAGAGCAGCGAGGUCCUCAAGCUGGGACCCAUGACCAUUUACAUUUUUGAGGAUGGGAGCAACACGGACAACCGCGUCGGGUGCAUGACGCUGGCGCUACCUCCGGCGGCGUCCGGGCCGCCGAUGCACUGGCACCGGUUCCACGACGAGUGCUUCUUUGUGACCAAGGGGACGAUCCGGUUCUCGACGCCCGAGGGGGACGUCGAUGCCGAAGAGGGCCAGUUGAUGGUUGUGCCGCCGAGGGCGAUCCACACGUUUUCUAACCCGUCGGAUACGGUUCCUGCAGAGUUCUUCAUGACGUCUACUCCAGGUAUGCACUUCUCGUUCCCGCCGUGUGGGGAGGAGGUGCAGUGUGUGGAAGCUGACUUGUUGACGGCAGACUUCCGUAUGAUGGCCAAGGGAGGCACUGAGGGCAAGAAGUUGACCAAGGACGAGACACAGCAUCUCAUGGCGCUGUUUGGGACGUUCCCACCGGACGUGGAGUCGGAGCCGUGA